GUUGUGUUGGGGAGUAUUAUGGUCUGGCCGGAGGAUCCAGCGGGCAGGACUGGGAGCUGCUAGCGGCCAGCAGCUAACGGGGCAGCGGCAUGGAGCUGUCCGCCGUCGGGGAGCGAGUGUUCGCGGCGGAGUCGAUCAUCAAGCGGCGGAUCAGGAAGGCUCGGGCUGAGUACCUGGUGAAGUGGAAGGGAUGGUCGCCCAAAUACAGCACCUGGGAGCCGGAGGAGAACAUCCUGGACUCCCGCCUGUUCACCGCCUUCGAGCAGAGGGAGCGUGAAAGGGAGCUCUACGGGCCCAAAAAGAGAGGACCGAAGCCCAAGACCUUUCUGCUGAAGGCCCAGGCUAAAGUUAAAGCCAGGUCCUAUGAGUUCAGGAGUGAGGCAGUCCGGGGGAUGCACAUCACCUACCCGACGGCAGAGCCAGUGGUCACCCCGAGGGCCAGGGAGGGCCUGAGAGCCGUCGUCCCCACCAUCUACCCGCCCAGCACCGUCAACCGCGGAGAGAGCGUCCGCGUGCAGGCCAGCUCCGACACGCUCAUCCACCUACCCAAGAAGAGAGGGCCCAAGCCCAAGCCCCGCUUCAAGGACGGGAGCUGCAGCAUCGCCGUCUCCGAACCCCACAAGAGGAGAGCGGCGGACCAGGAGAGCCACGUCCCUCACAAACUGGCCAAGCUCGGGGGCGGCGAGGAGCGGAGCCACAGACACCCGGAGAACCACGGCCACAAACACCACCACCACCACCACUACCAGCACCACCACUCACAGGUCCGGGGAGGCUCCAGCGGGAGCUCCUACAAACACCUGUACUCGGACCACGGCCUGCACUCGGGCAGAACAGACUUGGACUCAAACAGGACUAAGGACAGCUCCGGCUACUUGGCACCGGCGCACUUCAAGCACCACUCCAAAACCCACAGCCCGGUCCGGCCCGCGGCCCCGCCGCAGAUGGAGAAGCCGUACUUCCUGGACCGGCCCUCGCCGGCCCGGCUGGACGAGGACUUCGAGGUGACGUGGAGGCCCUGCGUCAGCAACGUGGAGCAGAUCCUGGUGACGGACGUGACCAGCAACUUCCUGACCGUCACCAUCAAGGAGAGCAGCACGUCCCAGGGCUUCUUCAAGGAGAAAAGAUGAUCCGGGACGCUCUGUUUUCUGACCGGCGUCAGAUAUACUCAGAUGUUUAUAGGAUAUAGUUUGAAUAUAAAGCAAAGCUCUUUUUUUUUGUAUGUAAUGUAUAAAGGCAAAUUACAUAAUGUGCAUAUGUGUAUAUAUUAUAAAAGUUGGGCAUCUAUUUAACAAACUGACCAAAUCAGUGGAAGUCAAAUUCUUAUCUUGCACCGGUGAACAUGAGUUUCCUUUGUGGCGGAGAGGCCGCUUUCUGCGUAGUUUGUGAACUCACUAUUUAGCAAUUACAAUUAAUUAGAAUGUAUUUGAUUUGUUUCACCCUAAUAUUGAAAAAAAAAAAUAUAUAUAUAUAUAUAUUAUAUAAAAAUGGGUUGCGAUGUGAACCAAUUUGACUUGUCCUUUUUUUCAGUGGUCUAAUAUUAAUAUUUCAAAAACAAAAAAAUACGUAAGCACUUUGAAUUCAGACAUUUAAAAAAAAAAAAAGAAAAGACUAAGUCUGGGAUUUUAUUUUAUUUUUUUUGUCUUUAACAUUUCUAAAUAUGAGGUAAAUUAAUACAUUUAACAUGCUCUUCAGAAUUUUCCCAAGGUGCAUAUAACUACUUUUCUCCCAUCUAAAUCCUUAUAUUUUACAUUUUCAUAAAAAUGUAUGAAGCUUUGAUGUAAUGAGAUUACAAGUGUCUGACUGCUUUUUAGAAG